AGGGCGGUGCGAGCUCGCAGCACGUGAGUGAGGCGCUGGGAAAGCAGUAGAGGCAUCUGUACGCAAGCGAUCCUUCUCGGGCGUGAUGAACUGUUGCGGGCUUUUCCUGCGCUCGGCGGCGGCUGCGCGCUCCUGCCGAGCCCUCGUGGCCUUUGCCGAGAGCCGGCGCCUGCUGCGCACCAGUCAGCCCAGCCGAGCUUUCGCCAAGGAGCUCUUCCUGGGCAGAAUCGAGAAGAAAGAAGUUUUCCCGUUCCCAGAAGUUAGCCAACAUGAACUUAAUGAAAUCAAUCAGUUUGUGGGACCUGUAGAAAAAUUCUUCACUGAAGAGGUGGACUCUCAAAAAAUCGACCGUGAGGGAAAAAUCCCAAAUGAAACCUUAGAGAAACUGAAGAGCCUGGGGCUUUUUGGGAUGCAGGUCCCGGAAGAAUACGGUGGCCUGGGCCUCUCCAGCACCAUGUAUACGCGGUUGUGCGAGAUCAUCAGCCUGGACAGCUCCAUCGCUGUGACCCUGGCGGCACACCAGGCCAUCGGCCUCAAGGGCAUCAUCAUGACUGGCAGCGAGGAGCAGAAGGCCAAGUACCUGCCCAAACUGGCGUCUGGGGAGCACAUGGCCGCCUUCUGCCUGACGGAACCAGCCAGUGGGAGUGAUGCCGCCUCCAUCCGGACCAGGGCCACACUGAGCGAAGAUAAGAAGCACUAUGUCCUCAACGGCUCCAAGGUCUGGAUCACCAAUGGGGGGCUGGCCAGUGUUUUUACUGUGUUUGCGAAGACCGAGGUUGUUGACUCCGACGGCUCAGUAAAGGACAAGAUCACAGCAUUCAUAGUAGAGAGGGACUUCGGUGGAGUCACCAGCGGGAAACCAGAGGAUAAGCUAGGCAUCCGAGGCUCCAACACCUGCGAGGUCCACUUCGAGAACACCCGGGUGCCCGUGGAGAAUGUCCUCGGAGAAGUUGGCGGCGGCUUUAAGGUGGCCAUGAACAUCCUCAACAGCGGGCGCUUCAGCAUGGGCAGCACCGUGGCUGGGAUGCUCAAGAAACUCAUUGAAAUGACUGCCGAGUACGCCUGCACGAGGAAACAGUUCAACAGGACCCUCAGCGAGUUUGGAUUGAUUCAGGAGAAGUUUGCCCUGAUGGCUCAGAAGGCUUACGUGAUGGAAAGUAUGGCUUACCUCACGGCAGGGAUGCUGGACCAGCCUGGGUUCCCCGACUGCUCCAUCGAAGCCGCCAUAGUGAAGGUGUUCAGCUCAGAGGGCGCCUGGCAGUGCGUGAGUGAGGCUCUGCAGAUCCUUGGGGGCUCAGGCUACAUGAAGGACUACCCGUAUGAGCGCUUCUUGCGUGACAGCCGUAUCCUCCUCAUCUUCGAGGGAACCAACGAGAUUCUCCGGAUGUACAUCGCCCUGACAGGCCUGCAGCACGCCGGGCGCACCCUGACUGCAAGGGUCAAGGAGCUGAAACGGGGCAAUGUGACCACCGUCAUGGAGACCGUUGGCCGGAGGCUUCGGGACUCCCUUGGCCGAACCGUAGACCUGGGGCUGACAGGGAAGCUCGGAGCUGUGCACCCCAGUGUUGCGGACGGUGCCCACAAGCUCGAGGAGAAUGUGUACUACUUCGGCCGCACAGUGGAGAUGCUGCUGCUUCGCUUUGGCAAGACCAUCGUGGAGGAGCAGUUGAUCUUGAAGCGAGUGGCCAACGUCCUCAUCAACCUGUAUGGCAUGACGGCUGUGCUGUCGCGGGCCACCCGCUCCAUCCGCAUGGGGCUCCGGAACCAUGACCACGAGGUUCUGUUGACCAACAUCUUCUGCACGGAAGCCUAUCACCAGAAUCUCUUCACCUUGUCCCAGCUGGACAAAUGUUCUCCAGAAAAUCUAGACGAACAGAUCAAGAAAGUGUCCCAGCAGGUCCUAGAGAAGCGAGCCUACAUCUGUGCCCACCCUCUGGACCGGAUGUCCUGAAGUGGAAGGACAGUGUCCCCUGCUGCCACCUGCCCCUGGACACGCUCACACUUUCCAGAAGGCAGAGAACUUGGGUCCUUAAAGGCUGACCAUUUCUCCAGCCCCUGACCUGGGGGCACUGCUGCCUGACAUCCCACCAGACUCCACGCGGCUUCUGGGAGAGUGAGAACUGCUGAGAUUCCCUAGCUCAGGGGACACCCUUUGCCACCCCACUCAGGGUGGGACCAGGCUUGUAUCACCCCCUCUGUGGCCUGGGCUGGCAGGGACAUGUCUCAGGCAGGGUAGCCGCUUCAAGAAGCAGUUCAUACAUCA